UGCGCGUGGUCCCGGCCCCCUCCACCCGCCGUCCCCGCGGCGGCCAGCAGCCUCUGCCCCCGGGGGGACGCUGACGGCCGCCCGGCGCGCCGCCGUAGCAUACGGACAGGGGGCGCUCCGCGCGGCCUGGGGCAACCCGGGCCACAGGGGCAGGAAAGUGAGGGCCCAGGUCGGCCCGGGCGUGCAGGGGCCCCGGGUUCGCAGCGGCGGCGGCAGCAGCGAUAGCGGCACUAGCAACAGCGGGAGCGUCGGGUUGAGCCGGGAAGCCGAUGGCGGCGGCGGCGGCGGCGGCUCCAAUUCCUCGCUGACUGCCUGUCCGCCCUCCAGCAUUGAGCGCCAUGUUACCGAGCCAAGCUGGGGCCGCGGCGGCGCUGGGCCGGGGCUCGGCCCUGGGGGGCAGUCUGAACCGGACCCCGACGGGGCGGCCGGGUGGUGGAGGUGGCGGCGGCGGAGGGACUCGCGGGGCUAACGGGGGCCGGGUCCCCGGGAACGGCGCGGGACUCGGGCCGGGUCGCCUCGAGCGAGAGGCUGCAGCAGCAGCGACAACCACCCCGGCGCCCACCGCGGGGGCCCUCUACAGCGGCAGCGAGGGCGACUCGGAGUCGGGCGAGGAGGAGGAGCUGGGCGCGGAGCGGCGCGGCAUGAAGCGAAGCCUAAGUGAGAUGGAGAUCGGCAUGGUAGUUGGUGGGCCCGAGGCGGCGGCGGCGGCGGCCACCGGGGGCUAUGGGCCGGUGAGCGGCGCGGUGAGCGGGGCCAAGCCGGGUAAGAAGACUCGGGGCCGCGUGAAGAUCAAGAUGGAGUUCAUCGACAACAAGCUGCGGCGUUACACGACCUUCAGCAAGAGGAAGACGGGCAUCAUGAAGAAGGCCUAUGAGCUGUCCACGCUGACAGGGACACAGGUGCUGUUGCUGGUGGCCAGUGAGACAGGCCAUGUGUAUACCUUUGCCACUCGCAAACUGCAGCCCAUGAUUACCAGUGAGACUGGCAAGGCACUGAUUCAGACCUGCCUCAACUCGCCAGACUCUCCACCCCGCUCAGACCCCACCACAGACCAGAGAAUGAGUGCCACGGGCUUUGAAGAGACAGACCUCACCUACCAGGUGUCUGAGUCCGACAGCAGUGGGGAGACCAAGGACUCACUGAAACCAGUGUUCACAGUCACCAACCUGCCGGGUACCACCUCCACCAUCCAAACAGCACCUAGCACCUCUACCACCAUGCAAGUCAGCAGCGGCCCUUCCUUCCCCAUCACCAACUACCUGGCACCAGUAUCUGCUAGUGUCAGCCCCAGUGCUGUCAGCAGUGCCAAUGGGACCGUGCUGAAGAGUACAGGCAGUGGGCCCGUCUCCUCCGGGGGCCUCAUGCAGCUGCCUACCAGCUUCACCCUCAUGCCUGGUGGGACAGUGGCCCAGCAGGUCCCAGUGCAGGCCAUUCAGGUGCACCAGGCCCCACAGCAGGCGUCUCCCUCUCGCGACAGCAGCACAGACCUCACGCAGACCUCCUCCAGCGGGACAGUGACGUUGCCUGCUACCAUCAUGACAUCAUCUGUGCCCACAACUGUGGGCGGCCACAUGAUGUACCCUAGCCCCCACGCGGUGAUGUAUGCACCCACCUCGGGCCUGACUGAUGGCAGCCUCACCGUGCUCAAUGCCUUCUCCCAGGCGCCAUCCGCCAUGCAGGUGUCCCACAGCCAGGUCCAGGAGCAAGGUGGCGUCCCGCAGGUGUUUCUGACAGCUCCAUCUGGGACAGUGCAGAUCCCUGUGUCUGCAGUUCAGCUUCACCAGAUGGCUGUGAUAGGGCAGCAGGCCGGGAGCAGCAGCAGCAACCUCACCGAAUUACAGGUGGUGAACCUGGACGCCGCCCAUAGCACCAAGAGUGACUGAUCCGCCCUACCGCCCUGGACAGAUGGCCCAAGGGACGGCACCACUUAUUUAUUGUUGCCUUUUCACGUUUUCUUUACACACAUGUUGACGGGCCGCAGGAGGGAGGCAGGGAGGAGCAGUGGGUAGCCACAGGACUGAGCCCUCUCACUCCAGCCAAAGAAAUGGGCCAGCCUACCCUCCACCCUGUCCUCCCUCACUCUCCCCUCCUUCUGGCUCCACCUCCCGUUUCUGUUGAUGGUGGGGCUGCCCUCCCUCCUCAGACUGCCCUUGCCAGCUUGGCUCCAUGUUUGCCAUGAGUAUUAGCUUUCCCAGUGGGACCGUGCCCCAUCUUCCCACAACAGGUCUCUGUGGGACUAGGCACUGUGUCCCCCCACCCCUGAGGAAGCAGUUGGGGUCCUCUGCCCAGCCUUCUUGCUGACCCUACAGUCAGCACUGUGUCUGCCACAGGCUGGGUCGAUAGAGCCCUCUCCCUGCCCCUCAGGGAGCCAGCUGGGGAGAUGGGGCUUCUUCCCUCAUGCCGCUGCCCGCUGCCCCUAUAGCUCCCAAGAAGCUGAGCUUGUGCAUGGAGCAGGUUCCUGGGGCUGCCUGCCCUGCCUUGCCGCUCCUUUUGGAAGUUCAGGGGCUCCUGGGUUGGAGGGAACCAUCAUUGUUCCCUCUCCCCGUCUUCCCCCCUCUCCUCCCAGCUGCUUUACUCAAAGUUGAUUUUGAACUUUUUAUUUGAGGAGACGAAGUGAAAACAAAUCUAUAAAUAUAUAUUUUUAAAAUAUUUAACUUUUUUUAUGGCGUUUUUCUCAUCCCCCUCCCUGCCCAAGCUCCCCUUCCCUGGGGAGCCUUGGGGCUCCCCAGAACUGGCUGGGCCUCUGGGGACAGAGCCACCCCAUCAGCUUGGGGCCCACCAGUGUGGGGGGGGGGGAGAUUCUGGGAUCGCCCGGUCCUGGGUUGUUUCCAGGAGAAAACCGGGGGAGGGGCCCUCAGGCCAUGCCCCAACGGGGUGGGGAGGGUGACCCACAGCUCUGGGCCUCUUUUUGCCCUCUAGGGCUGUU